AUGUUUGGUCACCCUGGUAUUAGCGCGCUCGAGUACGCAGGAACGCUUGCCGAAUCCAAAGAGCAGAACCGGAGGGCCAGUGUUACUCUACCAAGUCUGAAGCGCAAGUCCACCGCCGAGACGCACAACGAUAACACAACGACGGCUACGGCUGCAGCUUCGGAGACGCACGAGACCAGACUAUCACUCGCUCCAGUGCACUAUAUUGACGAGUUUGGUGCCCAGCGUAAGCGAAAGGAUAUGUUUGUGAACCACACUCCUAGAAACUUCGACAUGCGCGCACCGCAGAACAUCGAAGUGUAUCGGCCUUCAACAUCCUCCUCGAACGAAAACUAUUCACGUCCUCGCAUCAACAGUCAAAUAAGUUAUAGCUCCUCGGCAGGUCCUGCCCUGGAGCAGAAGCGACUGACUGUCAAUCCUGGGUCUCCGUUCGAACUCGAUUCAAGAGAAGUCGGCGUUGCCUCAUCACCGACCAUGUUUGCUUCAUCCCCCCCAAUGUCCCCAGAAGUGUAUCGACCAAUGGCUGCGCCGCCACAACGUCGAUCAAUGUCUGGUCCCAUGACGAAGAUCAUCACCUACCAGCCACGUCAGGCACGAGCCAUCAUCUCAAACAGCCACCAGAAGAGAGACGUCCGUGUCCGGAGCACUAGCACACCAGAUCAUGAUUCGAAAGAAAAGAAGCAGUCGAGACGCCAGACACCUUACAAAGUCGUCGGUUCUAUGGCCAAUACAAGCCUCCCUUAUGCUUCGUUGGAGCCAUGGGUAGCCAAACAUGAACGCGAUGCGUCGAGGAGCGACACCAACAGUGACAAGCCUACGCAAGAAGAUCUCGAGAAACUGGAGGAAGUGGCGCCGCUUGGUGUAAUCCAGAAGUACUUCGACAGUCAGGCGGAUAGUCGAGAGUCGAGUUUGAGAAGGGUGCGCCACCGUCACACACCCAGCCCACCGAAAAUGCCACUGCCGCAUUCGCCGGAUCCAACCUUGCGCUCCACAGAACCAGUCACUAUGUUUCCAAUUGACGACCUGGAGCUGAUCACCGACCUACCACCGGCUGUACCAGAGCGAAGUCCCAAGCGUCGGACCAAUCCACGAUUCCCCCUCCGUAAAGAAUCUAUCACGUCAGUGGAUAGUGACUUUGCCCGUGCGGCUGAAGGCCAAUUCACAGAGUACGACCAUAGGGCUUCGGAGAUCCGGAUAUCAAAGCAACGAAGCCAACACGGGAUGGUAGGGCAAGCAGCCCGAGCUGGCUCCUCCUGCCUUGGAAGAAUGGCGCCACCAAUCCUCGGCCACGACGCACUUACCGCCAGCAGCGACCUAGGCCUCAACGAUCUCAGUUUUUAUCUGAGAAACACAGGGCCGAAGACUGAUAUCCAAGCGGUCAGUCGACAGCAUGCAAAGGGCGGCCCAAAGAUCUUUAAAGUCAAACGCAAGAGUCUUGCUGCGCGCGUCGGGUCUGUAGAAGGGUCGCCUCAACGUGCACGUCAGAAACCCAAAGUACCUACCUGCGCUCGUGAGAUGAUAACAACGAGCGGAGCAAAGCAUCUCCGGAUCAUCAUUCCUAGACUGUCCAGCACGGAUAAUCCCACUUUCCCUGUCGCGGUUCACGGAUCACAAGACCCUAAGCACCGACCCCGACGCAUGUCGUUGAGCUUCACUGAAGACUUGCUUGUCCCCGCUCUUGCGUCUCCCGCGGUGGAGCGUGCUAUCCAGGGUUUCAGCUCUUACGACCGAGUGAGCCGGUCCUUCUCUGCACCCAACAUCAUGGCAGUUGCUGCAAACGCGCUGCGGAAAGAGAAGAGCCCGCCCAUCAGCCCAAUUCCAGUCCCUGUCGACGAGCAUCCACUCGAUGAGCGUCCUCUAUCGCGAGAAGAACAGACAAAAGCGAGGAAGCUGCGCGAUCUGAAACGCAUCAGGAGGAGGGAAGUCCCGUCGACCAUUUCCGGGUCGGCAUCAACACUGCAGGACAACUCAGAAACCGGCGCUGGUGCGCUGCCGACACCCAGACACACGCCCGAGCCGGGCAGCGGCGAGAUGAUAGGGGACAGCGCAGUAGAGAUCGAGGUCCUGGAGGAGAGCAGCGCAGACAAGAUGUUCAGGCUACAGGAGAGAGUGAUGCUCCUGCAGAGACAGAAUUCGGCGCUUACUGCCGCGUUGGCCAAGGUCGUGGGCUUGGAGCUGGAGAAUGGCGACCUUGAGCCCGAGCAUGUCUUGCAAACGUUCAGGAGGUGUCGGUAUUCGAGGACGCCGAGUGGCUGGUGA